AUGCAUCAGCUUCGAAUUUGGUCAUUUGAUCCUUAUCCUAUUACACAGUGGGUAGAUAAAACAAAUUUCAAGAAUGUUGGAAAAUUAUUUCCUGAAAUUACCAAGGACAUGAAGAAAUAUCGAAUAGAAACACCAUUUUUGGAAGAUAUUCCAAAGACUUUUAUAUUCAAAAAACAUGGAAGGAAUUUUCUUGUUGGAAACGAUGCUAGUAUCAUUGGAGAAUUUGCGAAACACAUGAACAUCAAUCUUAUUCCCAUAUUCCUACCGAACAUGGAUCUGGAGAAAAUUUUUCGCAUCAUCAGUUUUAAUAACUUGGAGCUUAGUGUUCACUCAUUUUCGAUGCACUAUUUGUUACAAUCUGGAAGAAGUUAUCCCGUUGACUUUGAACGUUGGUGUAUUAUGGUACCAUUUCGGAAUGAAUUACCGAAAAAGAAACUUGUUUUUAAAGCCUUCGAUGGGACAACUUGGCUUGCUAUUGGAUUAGGUGUAGUUUUUAUUGCUUUUGUUCUGCGAUUUAUCGAUCCACCAACUACUACGGGUUGUCUUGGCAAAAACCUUCUGAAAAGCUUGUCCAUAAUGAUGUACAGUUCGAACCAAGUAAAGCGGAUACCAGUGCCCUCGGCUCUGAAGUGUGUAUUGUACGCCUUUGUGUUUUGCUUAGGAUUCAUUCUUUAUUCAUUCUAUACAAGUUUUUUGGCACGAUUUUGCACCACUCUAGUUUUUCGGAACACAAUUGAUACCGUUGAAGAUCUUAUAAAUGAAAACCUUCGAAUAAUGAUAAUCGAUUAUGAAACAUCAGCCAUUCGAUUGCAAGCAAAUUACGAUGAGAAAUUCUUUCAGCUGCUCUAUCCUAUGCCGUACUAUGAUGUGGUAACUCAUAGAAAUAGUUUUAAUAACAAUUUUGCUUACUCUAUUUCCGAAAGUGAUUGGAUUCAUUUGGAUAAGCAACAAAGCAAGUUGAAGAAACCAUUAUUUCGUUUUUCGAAAAUUUGCUAUGGUAGACAUUUUACUAUGUUUCCAUUGCAGAGUGAUUCGCAUUUAAAGCCACAUUUGGAUGAUUUUAUAUUGAGAGUUAAAGAAGGUGGACUGGAUGUGGCGUGGAAAGAUCAAUCAUUUGGAAUGGCUAUCACAAUGAAGUAUUCGAGAAUGUUAGUUGACAAGUCAACUGUUAUUAACCCUUUGAGUUUGGAAUUUUUUGAGAAUGUUUUUAUUAUUUGGUUGAUUGGAAUUGGUUUAAGUAUGAUUGGCUUUGUAACUGAGGUCUUACACAAGAAAAUUGUCUUAUUAAGAUUUUUAUUUAAGAAAAAGUAA